AUGAAAAAUUGUACUUUAGAAAUAGAAUUCAUGGGAUUUGAAGACCAAUCUCUAUUUUAUACAGUGGUUAAUUUGUUUUUGUGUGUAUUUAUUUGUUCUGGUAAUAUACUGACUAUUGCAGUGGUUUGGAGAACACCAGUAUUACGAACUGUACCCAAUAUGUACGUGGUCUCUCUGGCAGUAGCUGAUUUGCUGGUUGGUGGUUUGGCUGUUCCAAUACAAGCAUUAUUCUAUAUUCCAGUUGUCCGUAAAUUCGAUAGUGAAGAUGAAUAUUUCUGUUUGUUUCGACAUGUGUCAUUUUUUGUAUCGGCAUUAGCUUCAAUACUACAUAUAGUCGCCAUUGCUGUAGACAGAACGAUCUACAUUGGAUAUCCUCUGCAUUAUCCACUAAUAUCAACUGGUAAAAGGGCUCUUGUUUUGAUAACGUCUGUGUGGAUUUUUUCCUUGAUAACAGGAUCAAUUCCAAUGUAUUAUAAUCAUUGGGGACCAUGUCGACCAUGUUACGUCUUUUGGCUGAUACCGCGGCCGUACAUGAUUUGUGUUGGUGUCUUAUUUCUUAUUGCUUCAGUCAUUACAGCAUGUUUGUAUGGAUACAUUUUGAAUAUCAGCAGAACACAGCGAAAGAGCUGCGGAGAGGUUGUUCAUGACAAACGUCGAUUCGAAUCAGAGAUGAAGUUAGUGAGGUCUUUUAUGAUAAUUUUCGGACUGUUCUUUAUUUCGUGGUUGCCAUUGCUGGUAGUUACUGUAGUUGGUCCCGUUGAUAAAAACUCGUCGCUGUGGCUCAGUAGAACCAUACCGUUCGGUAUAGCCAAUUCCGGAGUUAACUUCAUCAUAUACGUGUGGAAGAAUACCGAUUUCAGACAAGCCAUAAUUAGAAUGGUUUGUUCAAAGAAAUACGCUCAAAGACGAAUACAGCCGCAACAGAUUUCUGUAGUUGCCAGCUUUAGUAGAGUUGCAAGGUCGAUCACUAUUGACCAAAUAGAUAAAAAAAAUGGAACAAUAACUUAA